AUGGCACCAGAGAAGAGCCCAGACACUUCCCUCAUCGACCUGGCUGUGAAGAUGAGGAAACAGGCUGAGGCCAGGAAGGUUGUCCUGGCCUGGGGACUCCUGAAUAUCUCUGUAGCAGGCAUGAUCUACACUGAGAUGACUGGAAGACUCAUCAGCACAUACUACAACAUCACUUGCUUCCCACUCUGGUAUAUUGAGUUUGCACUGGCCUCGCUGUUCAGCCUCAAUGCCCUGUUUGACUUCUGGAGGUACUUCACCUACACAGCAGCACCAGCCAGCCUGGUCAGCAGCCCCAGCCAGCAGAUCACAGCCUGGCUCAGGAAGACAGCUGUGCAAGUCACUCCUCCCCGUGAGCCAGCGGCGAAGAGAGUCCUGUCCCUGACGCCUUCCCCUCCCAUCCAGGGGCAGUGUGUGCUGAGCUACAGCCCAUCCCGUUCUCCCAGUGCCAGCCCCAAGUUUGGCACUGGUUGUAUGAGUGGCUACAGCCCUCAGCUCCAGGCCCUGGCAGGGAGCAGCCCAUCCUACAGCUCCUCUGUGACCUACUCACCCAACAGCAGCUUCAACAAGGUUUCCAGCUUCAGCCACUCUCCUAAUGGAUCUCCAUAUUCCACAAGUGCUGGGCAGGUGGAUGGAGGUGGGCUAAGGUCUCACUAUCGCUUCUCUCCCAUUCGCUACAACUCCACCCACAAAGAGGACUUCAUCACUGAUGUCAAGUCACUGGACACGUUCCUGAGGAAUGAGGAGGAGAAACAGCACAGAGUUCAGCUGGGAAGCUCGGAUUCCAGCUCUCCUUCUAGCAGCCCAACCUUCUGGAACUAUGGCCGUUCCAUGGCUGACCAUGCCCAGAUCCUGAGGAAAUUCCAGUACCAGCUGGCCUGCAGGUCCCAAGCUCCCUCAGCACACAAGGAUGAAGCUGAUCUGACCUCCAAACAAGCUGCAGAAGAGGUUUGGGCACGGGUGACAAUGAACCGACAGCUCCUCGACCACAUGGAUUCCUGGACAGCCAAGUUCAGGAAUUGGAUCAAUGACACUAUCCUGGUGCCACUUGUGGAAGAGAUGGAGUCUGUGAGCACUCAGCUGAGGAGAAUGGGCUGUCCAGAACUGCAGAUUGGAGAAGCCAGCAUCAGCAGCCUGAAGCAGGCAGCACUCGUGAAGGCUCCUCUCAUCCCAACCCUGAACGCCCUGGUGCAGUAUUUGGACCUCACACCCAACCAGGAAUAUCUGGUGGAAAGGAUCAGAGAGCUUUCCCAGGGAGGCUGCAUGAGCUCAUUCCGAUGGAACGCGGGAGGAGACUUCAAGGGCCGCAAGUGGGACACAGACCUGCCCACUGACUCCUCAAUCCUGAUGCAUGUGUUCUGCACCUACCUGGACUCCAGGCUCCCUCCUCACCCCAAGUAUCCUGAUGGCAAAACCUUCACUUCCCAACACUUCAUCCAGACUCCAGACAAACCAGACACCUCCAAUGAAAACGUGUUCUGCAUCUACCAGAGCAGCAUCAACCCUCCCCACUACGAGCUGAUCUACGAGUGCCAGGUCUACAGCCUGCCCAAGGGUAGGAACAACAUGUUCCACACCUUGCUGAUGUUCCUGUACAUCAUUAAGACCAAGGAAUCUGGGAUGCUGGGGCGUGUGAAUCUGGGAUUAUCAGGAGUCAACGUCCUGUGGAUCUUUGGGGAGUAA